AGAUCUUCGCGCAGGCGCACUGCCUUCCCGACCAGAGGUGGUGAGGUGUUCGCAGGUUCCCAGCACUCUUGCCGAAGGACUCUUGUCCUUCUCUACCAGAGAAGCAUAGGAGGGAAUGGCUGCCGUGUCUCCACCUACCAGAUGUCAGGCAUCGGUGACGUUUGAAGAUGUGGCUGUGACCUUCACAGAUGACGAGUGGAAGCGUCUGGUACCCAUGCAGAGAGCACUCUACAAGACCGUGAUGCUGGAGAACUAUGAGAGCAUCAUCUCUCUGGGGCUUCCCGUUCCUCGACCUGAUGUGAUUCUUCAGUUCAAGAGAAGGGGCGAAUCCUGGAUGCAGGGUCUUCAUGGAUCUGAGGAGAAAGCAUGGCCAGAGAGUGUCUCUCUAGACUUGGAAACUAACUCUGAGAUCCUAGAUGCUUCAGAAGGCACACUGAGAGAAAUCUAUAGAAGGCAAAGUUCUCUAUGCCCUAAACGUGAAAUCCAAACUCUAACAGGUGAGUUGGAACUAGAGAAGGAAAGUCCCAAAGCAAAGACUUGCAAAAAGUCCUUUCCCUUGGAUAAAAGCUUGCAGCAAAGGUCAACUCCAUCCAAGAAAACCCUCGCUAAACACCAAGACCAGGAAUGCAGUGAGUGUGGGAAGACCUUCUUUGACCAUUCGUCCCUCAUCCGCCACCAGAGGACUCACACUGGAGAGAAGCCAUAUGACUGUCCUGAGUGUGGGAAGGCCUUCAGCCACAGGAGCAGUCUCAGUAGACAUCUAAUGUUCCACACUGGAGAGAGCCCAUAUGAGUGCAGUGCGUGUGGCAAAGCCUUCUUUGACCGAUCAUCCCUAACUGUGCAUCAGCGGAUUCACACAGGGGAGAAGCCUUUUAAAUGCAACGAGUGUGGCAAAGCCUUCUUUGACCGCUCAUCCCUCACUCGCCACCAGAGAAUCCAUACUGGAGAGAGUCCCUAUGAAUGCCAGCAGUGUGGGAAAGCCUUCAGCCAGAAGAGCAUUCUCACCCGCCACCUGCUGACCCACACUGGCAGGAAGCCUUACGAAUGCAGUGACUGUGGGAAAGCGUUCUAUGGGGUCACCUCCCUAAACAGACACCAAAAGGUGCACACGGGGGAGCCCCGCUAUCAGUGCAGUGAGUGUGGCAAAGCUUUCUUUGACCGCUCUUCUCUUACACAACACCAGAAGAUACACACUGGGGACAAGCCGUAUGAGUGCAGUGAGUGUGGGAAAGCCUUCAGCCAGAGGUGCCGGCUCACAAGGCACCAGAGAGUCCACACCGGGGAGAAGCCCUUCGAGUGCAGUGUGUGCGGCAAAGAGUUCAGCUCCAAGUCCUCAGUUAUCCAACAUCAGAGGCGCUACUCCAAUGAGAAACCUUGGCAAUGUAAUGAGUGCGGGAAAGCGUUCAGUUACUACUCAGCCUUCCUCCUGCAUCAGAGAACUCACACGGGAGAAAAGCCCUAUGAGUGUAAUGAAUGUGGGAAGGCAUUUAGCCAGAGCAUACACCUUACCCUGCACCAGAGGAUUCACACUGGAGAGAAGCCCUAUGAGUGUCUCGACUGUGGGAAGGCCUUCAGUCACCGCUCAGCCCUCAUUAGGCAUCACAUCAUUCACACUGGAGAGAAGCCCUAUGAGUGUAACGAAUGCGGCAAGGCCUUCAAUCAGAGCUCGUACCUCACUCAACAUCAGCGAAUUCAUACGGGAGAGAAACCUUACGAGUGUCACGAGUGUGGGAAGGCCUUCAGCCAAAGCACGUUUCUCACCCAGCAUCAGGUCAUUCACACUGGAGAGAAGCCCUACAAGUGUAAGGAAUGUGGCAGAGCUUUUAGUGACCGCUCGGGCCUUAUUCAGCACCAGAGAACUCACACUGGGGAGAGGCCUUAUGAGUGCAGUGAAUGUGGGAAAGCCUUUGGGUACUGUUCAGCCCUGACACAGCACCAGAGGACUCACACUGGGGAGAAGCCCUAUAAAUGCGGUGACUGUGCCAAAGCCUUCGGCGACCGCUCAGCCCUUAUUCGGCACCAGAGAACACACACUGGAGAGAAGCCUUAUAAAUGCAAGGACUGUGGAAAGGCUUUCAGCCAGAGCUCAUCUCUUACAAAACACCAGAAAACUCACACUGGAGAAAGACCCUAUAAGUGUAAAGAAUGUGGAAAAGCGUUUAGCCAGAGUUCAUCUCUUUCUCAACAUCAGAAAACUCAUGCUGGAGGGAAAAGCAAGGCAAAUGUAUAAGCCUUUAGUGAGUAUUUAGUCUGUGGCCAACAAAAGAGAAUCCAUACUGGAUAAGCAUAUUAUAUCCCAAGGAUAUUUUUGUUUGUUUGGUUGGUUUUGAGCGUUUAUCAUAUGUUAUGAGGGCUACAAAGAAAUUUCAGACUGUUACUUUAAAAGUUAUUGAAAUACUGCUGGUGUGAGAUAUAACUCAUUAGACUGUGGAAGGAGGUUUUGCAUUUUAAAAAUAUUUCCUUAAUGGAAAACAGAAAUUCGCUUCCAGCAUCGUAGUGUGUAUGUACACUGCCAAGUCUGUGAGGGAGUGGGAUGUAGCAUUGUGGAGAGAACACGUUACCUGGGGUAUGGAGUCUCUUAGUGAUGGGGAGAUGAAGUCUAAGGAAAUACAUGGCAUGUUAGGGGUAGAUAGAAAAGAUUGAGAAGUCACGAUGAAUUUGCCCAGGGUCAGAAAUGGUAGAACAGUUGUCCUUAAGUCCAAGAACACUAAGGAAGUAGACAGAAAGGACAGGGGAAAGAGUUGAGGUGUGACCCCAGGAAGUGUUGGUUGCAGUGACUUAACAGCUGCUGUGUUUCGAAGCUCAUGUGAGGGCAGCUUUGCCCUAAGCUGAGCAACACUGGCAUGGGGGCUUCCGCACUUCUUGUCCUUCUGUCUUGCUUAGUAAGAUGUAUACUGGGAGUCAUUUUAAUCCCAAGGCUGAAGACUUAGGGCUUAGUCAGUUUUCAAAAGAGACCUUUGAUAUGUUCAGUGUGUUCUAAACAGAGCUACCCAAGAAUACUUAUUUAUAAAGAUUUACCUCAGUUGUAAGUGGUUUGUACCUUGAAUUUUUUUUUAUGCUGCAGAAACUGUAACUGUAGGUCUGCACUGACGCUGCCUUGGUUGUGAGAGCCUUGGCUGAGAAGCUUGCCCUGAGAAGCUUGCCCUUCUCCAUUAGACUCUUGGGGUAGUGCCAGGUGACUGCGUGUAUACACUUGUGACGGAAAGUUUGAAGGUUAGUACGGGAAACAUUACGCUGUGUCCUGGCGUGGAUUUCCAUGAGUGGAUAUCUUUCUGCAGUUGUUGAGCUGCUUCAGUCCAUAGGUUUAUAUCCUUUGUCAAGGUUGAAGAAUUUUCAGCCUGAUACCAUUUCUUCAAAAUGCAUUUUUAUCCCAGUACCCUGCCUGGUGUCCAUUUCUGAUUUGAGUGGCAGAAUCAUUAGCUCUGAUUUAUAGUUUCACAGGUUUUUAAGACUGUUCACUUUUUUUUUUUUCGGGGCUGGGGACCGAACCCAGGACCUUGCGCUUCCUAGGUAAGUGCUCUACCACUGAGCCAAAUCCCCAGCCCCGACUGUUCACUUUUUAAGUUCAUUUUUUUUUAUUAGUCUUCUGUAUCUGCUGAGACAGAAUCUCUUAGAUGACCUAAGGAAAGUGUCUCCCAGAGUCCUGGAGCUUGAGGAAUCAUCUGACUUCAUUUCCUGACAGGCUUCUUUUCCUGAGUCACAGACAUCUGCUUCCCUUUUUGGUGUUCCAUGGAUCUUAUGUAGUAUGUAGUCCAGGCUGGCUUCAAAUACUCAUGCAGCUGAAGAAGUCCUUGAAUUCCUCAUCCUCUUGCACCUCCUGUCCAACUGCUGGAGUGCACCACCUUCUUGGUGACUUAUGACUGGCUUCUUGAUGUGUCUUCACACAGACUAUCGUUGGUUUGUGUGUGGGGUGAGAGAAUGCCUCUCUCGUUGUUAUCGAUCCCUUUGGACUAGAAUCCUAUUCUUACCACCUCACUUAGCCUUAAUUACCUCUGGAAAGUCCUCUUUCCAAAUUCAGUUUGCACUAGGAGCCAGGCCUUCAGUACACAUGUUUAAGAAGACACAAUUUAUUCCCUGUCAUGCUGCUCUUGCUGCUUCCCACCAAAUGCAUGUCCAUGCAUGGCAUGCACUCACUCUGCUUCGGCAGCUCCCAAAGUGUAGCCUUCCAGCCCAAGCUGUAAAGUCUAAAGUCCAGAGUUUGGUCUUCCACCUGAAUCAGAUAUGGCUAAGAUGUUUGAUUAUCUGACCUAAGCUGUGGACCUGUGAAACCGAGUAAGUUAUACAGUUCUAUAAUACUAUGGUAGGACAGAAUCCCUGCACCAAAAGAUAGAAAUGCCAGUGAAGGAAUGGAUGACGGAUGCCAAGCAAGUUCAAAACGUAGAGAAUUCCACUAGAUUGUGAGAUAUGAGAAUAAUCCCUUUUGGUUUGAUUGACAGCCUGUGGACCUGUUGGUGAGGCAAUCCUUCCCCUAUGGCUCUUCCAGAUAAUUCCAUCCCUGGCCUUGGCUUUCAGGUUUAAGUUUAAGGCCAUCUUCCCUGUUGAAACCAAGCUGAACAAGUUGACUUUGCCCAUGAGCUGUACCCAUCACUGUAUUAGCCCAUGAGCUGUACCCAUCACUGUAUUAGCCCAUGAGCUAUGCUCAUCACUGUAUUAACCCAUGAGCCAUGCCCAUCACUGUAUUAGCCCGUGAACUGUGCCCAUCACUGUAUUAGCCCAUGAGCUGUGCCCAUCACUGUAUUAGCCCAUGAGCUGUGCCCAUUACUGUAUUAGCCCAUGAGCUGUGCCCAUCACUGUAUUAUCCCGUGAGCUGUGCCCAUCACUGUAUUAGCCCAUGAGCUGUGCCCAUCACUGUAUUAGCCCAUGAGCUGUGCCCAUCACUGUAUUAGCCCAUGAGCUGUGCCCAUUACUGUAUUAGCCCAUGAGCUGUGCCUAUCAUCUUAAUCAAAUGGUUGUUCAAACAUAGCGUUAGUGUGG